AUGCCAUUCCCACUUGGAACCGAUCCUACCACGGUUCGCCAGCUUUUGCUCCAGCAUACCUUCCUGCCGCUAGUAUCGGUGCAAUCUACCCACAGUGCAGAUGUGCUUUUCCAACGACAAUGCCUCAACGACCUGAUCUCUGUGCUUCAGGUGCUUAAGCCAUAUGGCAAUAAUGCAAAAUACUCCGUGCCAAACCAGAGAUUCAAAAUAACAAAUUCUGCGCUAAUAUCGAGGGCUUAUAGUCUGUUUCCGGUUCGCUUUGAGGCAUCGUUCCCGGAGUUGAUGCUGAUUCAAAACUCAGACAACACUUCCCCAGAAAAGCUAAAAAGUCUCUUCAGCAUAACAAGCUUGGAGCAUCUACUCAAAAGCUCAACACAGACUUCGUCUAUCUCAUCAAGACCUCACGAAAAACUAUACUUGGAGUUUUUCCGCAUGGUUAUUUCUUCAAAUCGCAUUGUUCUGUUUGACACUUUGAACCACCCAGUGGCUCAAAUUUUCGUGAUUGACUACCACACAGACUCUUUGGAAGCAGUGAGAAAGCUCAUUGUGGAGUUUCGUAACUACAACUUUCCCAAGUACUUCCAGAUGUCUGACCUUUUGAUGCAUGUGUUCAUCGUAUACGACUCUCAAAUGGUCCUGGAACAAGACGUGCAUGCAUAUCAAAGUAAACUCCAAGGUAACCUCUCUGUUACAUCCACCGCAGUACCUCUACUGAUGGUAGCCUCGAACGAUAACAACUACGUGAAAUUAUUCAAACUUGAAAGCGCAACAAUAGAGGAAGAAGUUCAAAGCAUAAGCUUGCAGCAUUCGAAAGAAUUGAAAGAAGAAGAUGUUUACCUUAAGCUCCCCAAGGCCUUGGACACUGUUCUCAAGAGUCGCUGUCACGAAUUUGUCAGUCGAUAUUUGAUCCCUCACAUGGAAGCCAAAAUCAGGCUUUGGGGUGAUCAGAUUCUUGCACCAAAAAAAUCCAUAACAGGUAGAUUUUUCUCCGUCUCAAGAAAACUUUUCAACAAUAACAGCUCGAGUGACCUUAGUCAAGGACAGCAAACGCUGUUUAACCAUCAAGGAAACUAUUAUUACCGUUCAAGUACUGAACAAUCCAUAAGAAAGCUAGCUGAUUGGUCCCUCAUACUCAAGGAUUUUAAGUACGCCUAUUCAGCUUACGAUCUUAUCAAGAAAGAUUACAUUAACGACAAAGCAUGGGUCUAUGUUGCGUCUACACAAGGAAUGUGCAUUAUUUCACUUCUACUAACACAAACACAGCCGCUUUCGUCAGACACGCCACCUCAAGCACCCGACAAGAACACUUUACGCAAGAUUCGUCACGACAUAAUAGAACCAUAUACUGACAACUUAUCUUACACUUUCAAAUCUCGUCUCAACGUCAAGACGUAUGCUAUACGAGCUUACCUAAUUGUUGCUGAGCUUCUACUUAGUAUGGGAAUUAUGUUUAGUAUCCCAUGGUGGUUCGGAGACCUCAUUGAGAGUUACUACUUGAAGUGUAUGGGUGAGUUUGAUAUUCAUUUGGCAUCAUCACUGAAGAGCCCUCAAGUAAUUCGAGCAUUGCUUUAUGAGAGAUUAGGAUACACCGCCAGUCAUAAUCAUUUCAUUCCAGGCGAGUUUAAGUUUCUUCUCGACGACGGAAAGAGUCAUGUUCCUAAACGGGAGUUCAAAGAGGAUACUUUAGUCAUGGAGGAAGAGAAGGAUCACGAAAUUACCGAGGAAGAAAUGUAUAGUAACGAACGCAAACUAUACCCCACCAGAGCCAAUGCUCUUGUUGGCCUAACAAGAUUUCGAAAGAGUUCAGCGUGGUAUCUUUUGGCAAUGAGAGAAUGGCUUGAGCUAAAAGACAAGGCAUACGUAAGAACGCUUAUGGAGAAUGUCUCUGAGUGCUUCGAAGUUCCAGAACUAACAGACAACUGGUAUGAUAGGCCUGAGUGUCUACUAGGUAUUUUGAAAUUGAAACUGAGGUAA